AUGCCGCAUUGCACAGAAUGUGGCCUUCUCGUGCUGUCGGUACAAGCUCUUCAGAUACACAAUACAAUUGUGCAUAACUUAUCUAACUCUGCAGUAUUUAGAUGUAAAGAAAAUGAUUGUUUCCGCGAUUUUACAACGUGGAAUGCAUUCAAGAAACAUUUACUUUUCGCGCACAGCUGUUUUUUAAAAACUCCAUCCCAGGAACGACAUUGUAGAGACCGUUCUAAAGAGCCCGAAAUAGGGAAUGCAGACUACGAUGAACCUAUCAUUGAUGAUUCUGCUAUUGCAACACAUAAAUUUUGGGAAUCGCCAUCCGAUUCUAUGCAAGAACAACUGCAUGACAUCGUACUUUCGUUUUGCACAAAAUUAUACGCGACACCUGAUUUACCUCGUUCGUAUGUUCAGUUAAUGGUUGAGAGUACAAAAGAGUUAAUAAACGCAAUGACUGCCAUUAUAAAAUCAGCGUUAAUCUCAACGUCGGAAAACAGAGCUGAAUGUAACGUUACAAUAACGGAGUUCACAGCAGCUUUGGAUGCAAUGUCCGCACCCUUUGAGUUGCUAGCGACUGAACAUCGGCGUUUCAAUAUCUUCAAAGAGAAAGGCGACUUUAUACUUCCCGAAAGUUACGUUGUGGGCGAAACUGUAGAAGAUAAACUUAUCAAUGGUAGAAUAAUAAAAGAAACAAGUCCCGUAUAUGCACAGUUCAUACCAUUGCGGAAAACGUUGCACUGCUUUUUCAGUCUCCCAGGAGUGCUAGAAUCUGUUCUCAACUACAUGACGGACUUAUCAGAACAGUCUGGGAUUCUGUCGAAUUUUGUUCAGGGAGAACUGUGGCAACAAAAAAUCAAACAUAAUUUCUCUGGAAAAACUGUCAUCCCGCUAUUUAUUUAUUAUGACGAUUUUGAAGUGAAUAAUCCUCUAGGAAGUCACGCUGGAAUACAAAAGUUAGGAGGCGUUUACUGUACGAUCCCAUGCCUACCACCCGAAUUUAAAUCCACGCUUGAAAAUAUUUUUCUCGUGUUGCUUUUCCACGCGGAUGAUCGAAAAGCUUUCGGAAAUGAAAGUAUUUAUCGUAUCCUCAUUGAUGAAAUAAAUUUUUUACAAGAGUACGGAAUUACUUUACAGUUGAAAGGAAUAGAUAAAACUAUUUUCUUUGCCUUGGGAUUGUUCACUGGAGAUAACCUGGGAAUAAAUUCAGCUUUUGAUUUCGUGGAAAGCUUCAGGGGAACUCAUUUCUGUCGGUUUUGCAAUCUUUCUGGCAAAGAGAUGGCUACUGAUUUGAUUGAAAGGAAAGAAAAAUUAAGACGUGUUGGAGAAUAUGAAAAAGACCUCGAAAUGGGACUGACUUUGAGUGGUAUAAAAAAACGCUCAAUUUGGAAUGACGUAAAUUUCUUCCACAUUUACGAAAACUUUUAUGUGGAUCCGUUACAUGACUUGUCUGAAGGAGCUUUUAAAUAUGGCAUGGCUCAUGUACUUCAUUACUACAUUUUUAAUGCAAAUAAAAAAAUACCACUCGAAGUAUUAAACGAAAGAAUGCGCACUUUCAACUAUAAUGCCAAUAACAUAACGAAUAAACCGCCGCUUAUUCGUUAUAGCGAAAUUAAAGACAAAAAGCUCUCAAUGACAGGUAGUGAAAUGGUAAAUUUUGUCUAUAUUUUUCCUCUGCUCAUUGGCGAUUAUGUUUCUCCGGAUGAAGUGUGGGAAUUUUACUUGACACUCAGAAACAUUUAUGACAUUGUUGCAGCAAAAGACAUUCAACCGGGAUGUUACAUUCAACUCGCCAACUAUGUUACUGAACACCAUAGAUUAUAUAUUAAAUUAUUUAAAGAUAAUCUAAAAGCCAAACAUCAUAAUAUGGUACACUAUGCCAGAAUAAUGCAAAAGUCAGGGCCAAUAAUUGCUCUAAGCACAAUAAGAAACGAAUCGAAAAAUAGACAAUUCAAACAAAGCGCUAAUUCCACAUACUCUCGACGGAAUAUAACGUAUACUCUCGCUUUGAAAGAAACUUUUAGAUUAUUUUUUAGACAGCUGUGCGAGCGAGGACUUGUUUCAAAAUUUGAGGUAGGACCUCAUAGUCUUAUGGACCAAAUAUGCCUUGAGGAAAUUGCAAACUCAUUACCGGCUGUAGAAUUCCAAAUUAAUACUUAUAUCAACGUGCCGUGG